AUCCAGGUUCUCAAAUUUUGUGCAACUUUUAAUAGGUCUUCAUUAGUUCUAAAGCAUUUCUGGAUUAUUACAAAAAAUGUUUUCAGGUUUCAGCUUGUCGGAUAAAGGAUGUUUGAUCAUGGAUAAUGUCCCCCCUGGAACUGAAGUAGGUAUUGAUUACCAUUCUUGGUACACUGGAACUCAGUUUAAGGGCAUAUCCAACAUACCACCUGGUUUUCAUAUGUUAUUUUUCAGUGCUACAGACAAAUAUGGAAAUGGAGCUAGUAGAACUAGCUACUUUUUAUUUGUAAAAAAAAGUGCACUUUUAUACAGGAAAUAUGAUAAACAACUUGAGGACUUAAUAGAUAAUCAAUCUGAAGAAAGUAAUUUACCAAGUAUUGAAGAAGUAGCAAAAUAUUUAGCUCCUUAUCCAUUAGAACAAUGCGCUAAAUGGCCUCAGCACACUAAUUAUAUUAAUGAUGAUUUACUUCAACGAGUACAACCUUUAUUAAAAAAACUUGAUGCUCUUACUGAAGUUUCUCUUCAGACAUCUGCGGUGCGUAAAAAAAAAGUGUUUAAUUUGGACAGUCGAAUUGUUCAUAAGGAGUGUGAAGAAGGAUUAAUACGUUUUUCUAAAAUUCCAGAUACUUUCCCUUUAUCGACUACUCCAGCAGAAAAAACCCUUCAUUGCAUUGAUUCAACAUACUUUCUCAAACAAUUCAUCAAUUCAUUACCUAAAGGAGAGGACGAUAUACUAGGAGAACUGCAAUUCGCUUUUAUCUGUUUUUUACUCGGCCAAGUGUAUGACGCAUUUGAUCAUUGGAAAGCGUUAAUAAAUUUAAUUGCUUCUUGUCAGAAUUAUUUAUCGGAGAAUCAUGAGUUUUUUUGUAAAUUUAUUGACAUAGUGGAAAGACAACUCGAGGAGAUUCCAGAAGAUUUCUUUGUUGAUAUUGUAGCUCAAAAUAAUUUUCUUGUAAAAACCUUCAAAAACUUUUUUACCAAUUUUGAUAAUCCUGAACAAAUCAAUAAUAAACUUCUUCAUCGUGCUUCCAUUUUCAAGGGUAAAAUUAUUGAAAGGUUUCAUUGGGAUUUAGAUUACGAAGACGAAGAAGAUUUACCUGUUGUGGUAGACAUUUAAAGUUAGUGUAAUUUUUUGACACUCAACAGUUAAUAAGAUUGAUAAAGAUAAAUUGUUACCAUUUUCA